AUGUCCGCGAGCCAGACAAGCCCGCCUGGGGCACCGGCGUGGCACUCUUCAAGGAGUGGCAGCUUUUGGUAUGACCUGCUUGUGGGCCCCGGUGGUGCCGCGACUCUUGCAGGGGUCUGUGAAAUCAUUAUCUUUCACCCGUUUGAUACGACGGCGAAGCGUCUCAUGUCGCAUCAGAACGUUGUGCUCGAUGCCACCUCCUUGUCGACAUCUUGGCGACGCUUCCAGCAGGUUUUGUUCGCCGGUAUUGAGAAGGAUAAGGCACCGGGUGCCCCUAUCACCUUCUUGGAUCGCGUGCGACACAUGUACCCAGGCAGCUCCUACGCGGUGAUGUACAAGGUGCUGCAGCGCUUUAUCAAGUUUGCUGGCCAGCCCUACAUGCGGGAUUUCUUAAAGCACAACUUUGGGCAUGUUUUCUUGGGUACUCCGCAGCAGCAGCAGAAGCAGGAGAAAGAAAAGCAACAGAAGGGGUGCGCGCGUAAGAUGAAAUAUGGAUCAAUGGCGCUUGAGGCCACCGCUGGGUGCCUCGUCGGUUUAUGCGAGGUUGUCCUGCUACCGAUUGAUCGGAUGAAAGUGCUGAAUCAGACAAACAAGGGGGCCAUUCAAAACCGUUCCUUCAUUAGCAUCCUACGACGUGAGGGUAUUAUGAAGAUGUACGCUGGCAUCGGUACAACUAUGGUACGCAAUGCUCCUGGCUCUUUUCUACUCUUUGGCGGCACCGCCUGUACGAAAGACUUUAUCUUCCACCUGGAGGACUACAGCGAUGCGACUUUCAUGCAGAAUUUGGUGAGCUCCACCGUUGGUAGCUCCGUCGCCGUGUGGUUCACCAGUCCGAUGGAUGUUGUAAAGACACGCAUUCAGAACAAGAAGUUUGAAGAGGGCCGCGUGACAGGAUGGGGCGUCGUGAAGGACACUGUCCGUCGGGAGGGUGUCAUGGCCUUCUACAAGGGCAUCAUGCCGAAGCUUCUCACCACUGCACCGCGCUUGGUGUUCUCCUACACCAUGACGCAGUACUUUGUAAAGGUUCUGCGUGGCGAGAAGAAGAAACCCUCGUCUACGUGA